AUGUCUCCCGCGAAUGUAUACGCGACGGUGAACACGGCCUACAUCGAAGGCCAGGUGGAGAACGUAUUGGAACGACAGAAAGAGCUUUCUGCAAUGCAUCACCAAGUUCAGAAGAAACAAGAUCUGAAUUCGACCCCGGAAAGUUCCGAGCAGGAAGUGAAUCUAGUGCUUUCCACGAUCAAACUUCUUUACGACGACCUUGAUUUACCAGAUGCUCUGGCGAAGGAGAAACUGAUUAAGACGGGGAAACGCUUGCCAAAGCGGCUCGUCCCUCUGGGUCCGACUCUGAUAGUACCGACAGAUUGUUGCCCGGUAUCGUCGACAUUGACGCCAUUGGCUGGUGCAGUAGCAGCUGGAAGUCCAGCUGUUAUUUUGGCACCAAUGUCACCAGUCGUCCGUAAAGUUCUGGCGGAAAUCAUCCAUGAUAGUCUCGACCGCGAGGCUUUCAGAAUGGACUCGCACUAUGGAGAAAAGGGCACUAAGCUUAUCGAAAUCGACGCAACGCAUAUGCGCAAGUCCAUUCUUUCUGAGCUCCGAGACUUGUUGCUCGAAGGAAAUGAAUAUGUCAAAGGAAUCACGCUAGAUCGCGGCGAACGGACACUCAAUGCUCGACGAGAGCUGAUAGAGCUCCUCCGGUUGUCUCGCUACUACCCUCAGACCCUGUCAAUGCAGAGUCUCGAGCUACGAUUCAAAUACCUUUGUCGAUGCCAAAUGCCAGACCCGAAACUGGAAAGCAGUUUAGACUACAAGCGAGCAAGACUUACCAGCCUCGGGGACAACGGAUGUCUUUUUUCGAGCAAGGUUUAA